UCCCGUCCCGGGCCCACGCCCACCUCUCUCUCCAUCCUCCUUCUCCGAUCCCCCGGAGGAGGAGGGCGGGCGGAAGGGGCGACGUACGGGGACCACUGCACGGCCGGGAAACCGAAUGGCAGCAGUUGCCAGGUGGCAGCGACCGACCGCGCGUGGGGAAGCCGGGGAGGCACCGCAGGAGUCGGACGGAGUGCAAGUGGAAGUGGAAGGGGCUGCCGGGCUGGCCGGUGGUGGCCGCGGCCGCGCUUAGCUAGGCCCACAUCGCCAGAGAGAGAGAGAGAGAGAGAGAGACGGCGCGAGGCGAGCGCGAAGGGCCUUUCCGUUGCUGCCCUUUCUCCUGGCGCGGCUACAAAGCGGAGCAGAGAGAGAGAGAGAGAGAGGCAGAGGCACGAAAACCCUCCUCUGCUCUGCUUGUGACGGACGGAGCAGAGGCCCCGCCGGCACGAAAACCCUCGUCUCCGUCAGGCCGUCAUCAUCAUCUCACACCUCCACGUCCACGACCCACCACCACCACCACCACCACGGCAACCGCGAGAGCCGCCCGCCGGGCCUCGAGGAGGGAGGAGGAGGGAGGAAGAAAGCGAUCCGUCCAUCUACCUCUGCUCCGCCGGUGACGGUGAGGGAGUGGCAUCCCGUUCGUUUUGUCCUUCUCGCCUCUCUUUCGGUGGAGGCUACUACUACAACACGCCGAACCGUUAGUUGCUUCAUCUACCUAGGAGACCAAGACAUCACCGACUCACCGUCGUCGUCGUCGUCAUCGUCGUCGGCGUCCUCCUCCUUCUUUGUGCUCCGCUCCGAUCGAAUCGACCGAUGGCACACGAUCAGCAGUGGUCUGCAAUGGACUGCAGCUCUGAUGAGUCAUCAGAGCUAAGUGAGACGGAUAUUGAUGACUAUGCUGAGAAGUCAUACGCGGACCUCAAGGCUGGCAAGUUUGUGGCAAGGCUGGGCAGUGACAGGUUCAGGUGCCCGUUCUGUCCAGGGAAGAAGAAGCAGGACUACCGUUACAACGAGCUGCUUCAGCACGCUGUUGGGGUGGGCGCAUCCAACCGUGCUGCAAAGGUGAAGGCAAACCACCAGGCCCUGGCGAAACUUCUCAAGGUGGACCAUGCUGAUGCGGCAGCCACAUUGCUGCCACGGCAGGCUAUUGCGCUAAGUAACCCUCCAAAGCCAGUGCAAGAUCUGGAAGUGUUUGUUUGGCCCUGGAUGGGCAUCCUCGCAAAUGUUCCGGCCGAACAAACCCAGGGAGGUGGAGCCAUACUGAUGAAGCGGCUAGCUGAUUUCAAACCCGUGCAAGUUACUGCUGUGUAUGGUGCCAAUGGGUAUGCUGGCUACGUCAUUGUUCUUUUCACCAAGGAUUGGAUUGGGUUCAAGAAUGCCUUAGCAUUCCAGAACUAUUUCAAGUCACAGCGCUUGGGUAAACUGGAAUGGGAGGAAACAAAGCAACAUGUAAAGUAUGUGUUUGGAUGGCUGGCAAAAGAAGAGGAUUACAAAUCAGAUGGCCCAGUUGGUAGGUUCUUGUCAGCAAAUGGAGAGCUGAAGACAGUUUCUGAACUGGAACAAGAGAUGUCCAGCAAGACUGACAAUCUCAUAGCUAAUUUGACUCAACAGAUUUCCGCUAAAAGCAAGUAUCUGCAGGAACUAGAGUGCAAGUGUAAUCAGAUGAAUAUCUCCCUUCAGAAAGUCAUGGAAGAAAGUGAUUUGCUGCACAAACGUUAUAAUGAAGAAAUGAGGAAUAUGCAGUCUGCUGCCCGUGAGCAUACCCAGAGAGUUUUUCAGGAGACUGAAAAACUGAGAAAACAGUUGGCUGAGAAAGAGAGUAGCAUCGAAAGGAGGUCCAAGGAACUAAAUGAACAAGUUGCUCAAACUGACAUGGAAAGAAGAAAACUGGAGGAAGAGAGGAAAAAGAAUGCUGACCAAAAUGAUUCCCUCAACAUGGCUAGAAUUGAGCAACAGAAAGCUGAUCAACGGGCGCUACGGCUUCUUGAGAAACAUAAGAAAGAGAAGGAGGACGCACUGAACAAAAUCCUGCAGUUAGAAAGACAGGUGGAUGAAAAGCAAAAGCUGGAGCUAGAUAUUGAACAACUUAAAGGCAAACUGGAGGUGGUGAAACACAUGGAAGGAGAGGGUGUUGAUGUGAAGAAACGUUCUGAGGAGCUGACAGCAGAACUGAAUGAAAGAAUUGAAGAUAUGGAACAUCUGGAAGCUCUCAAUCAAACUCUUGUUGUUAAAGAAAGGAUGACCAAUGAUGAGAUUCAAGAUGCAAAGAAAGAGCUGAUCACGGGUUUGGCAGAUUUAUUAGGUCCUCGUAGCAACAUUGGAAUCAAGAGGAUGGGUGAACUGGAUGAGAAGCCCUUUGUUCUAUCUUGCAAGCAAAGGUAUGGAGAAGAUGCUGAAAUGAAAGCUGCUGAAUUUGUCUCCUUGUGGCAAGAGCAUCUGAAGGACCCUAAUUGGCAUCCUUUCAAGAUAGUGACCACAGGCUCAACUACAGAGCAAAUCAUCAAUGACAAUGAUGAGAAGUUGGUGGGCUUGAAGAAACAGCUUGGCGAGGAGGUGUACAAGGCUGUGACUACCGCAUUGCUGGAGAUCAAUGAGUACAACGCCAGCGGCAGCUAUGUGGUAUCUGAACUCUGGAACAACAAAGAGAACCGAAAAGCCAGCAUAACGGAAGCCAUACAGCACGUUCUGAAGCAAUGGAAGGCACAGAAGCGCCGAAGAUAAGAUCCUGCUCCUCACUGGAACAAGUUAAGUUUGAGGUCAGCUGACUAUCAGCAUCAUCAGCAAGUCCAAACACACUACUGAAGAUGAUCUAUCUGUUUCAGUCAAAAAAAAGAUGAUCUAUCUGCGUCUGUGUUUUCUUUAGCGGGCGCAUGCUUCAUUAAUUUAAUUUAGCACUUCUCUUUUUUGUCGGAAAUCAAAUAGGGGAGAUCACCAUGAGUUGGUACUGUUUUAAAGUAUGGACCUCUCUAUAUUUUCCUGAAGAACGGUGAAAAUGACUGGUGAUGCGUCAUUUGACCCCUGCAACAAUCUUUUGUAUACAGUUUCUACUGCUAGAAUUUGGCGCUUUUCUUUGUAGAACUAAAUCUGAUUUUAUCUCCAUGGAGCAACUUGUGUGA